UUUUCCAAAAAGGACAAAGGAACUCAAAUCAGUUGUCCAUAGUGCUCCUGGUUGGAAAUUAUUUGGUAAAGUCCCUCCUAGAGAGAAUCUUCAGAAAACAUCCAGAAUCAUUCAGCAGGAAUAUGAAGCACGAACGGGGAGGACUUGUAAACCACCACCUCAGUCUUCAAGACGCAAGAAUUUUGAAUUUGAGCCACUUUCUACCACUGCCCUGAUUCUUGAGGAUCGCCCAUCAAAUCUUCCUGCCAAAUCUGUGGAAGAAGCUUUACGUCACCGACAAGAAUAUGAUGAGAUGGUGGCUGAGGCUAAAAAACGAGAAAUUAAGGAAGCGCAUAAAAGAAAAAGAAUAAUGAAAGAACGAUUUAAGCAGGAAGAAAAUAUUGCAAGUGCAAUGGUAAUUUGGAUCAAUGAAAUACUGCCCAAUUGGGAAGUAAUGCGUAGUACAAGAAGAGUUCGAGAAUUGUGGUGGCAGGGAUUGCCCCCUAGUGUCCGUGGGAAAGUUUGGAGUCUAGCUGUAGGAAAUGAACUAAAUAUCACUCCUGAACUUUAUGAAAUCUUCCUCUCAAGAGCAAAAGAACGGUGGAAAAGUUUCAGCGAAACAAGUUCAGAGAAUGAUACAGAAGAUGCAGGUGUAUCUGUUGCUGAUCGAGAGGCCAGUCUGGAAUUAAUUAAGUUGGACAUAUCCCGUACAUUUCCAUCUCUCUACAUCUUUCAGAAGGGUGGCCCAUAUCAUGAUGUCUUACAUAGUAUUUUAGGGGCAUACACGUGCUACAGACCUGAUGUUGGUUAUGUCCAAGGGAUGUCCUUCAUUGCAGCUGUGCUCAUUCUCAAUUUGGAAGAGGCAGAUGCCUUUAUUGCAUUUGCCAAUCUCCUGAAUAAGCCAUGCCAGUUGGCCUUUUUCCGUGUGGAUCACAGCAUGAUGUUGAAAUAUUUUGCAACAUUUGAAGUAUUCUUUGAAGAAAAUCUCUCCAAAUUAUUUCUUCACUUCAAAUCUUAUAGUCUUACACCAGAUAUAUACUUGAUAGACUGGAUCUUCACACUAUAUAGCAAAUCACUACCACUUGAUCUGGCCUGUCGAGUCUGGGAUGUAUUUUGCAGAGAUGGGGAAGAAUUUUUAUUUAGGACUGGAUUAGGAAUCCUCCGAUUAUAUGAAGAUAUUCUCCUGCAGAUGGACUUUAUUCAUAUAGCGCAGUUUCUAACUAAAUUGCCAGAAGAUAUCACAUCGGAAAAGCUAUUCAGUUGUAUUGCAGCCAUUCAGAUGCAGAAUAGCACCAAAAAAUGGACUCAGGUCUUUGCAUCUGUAAUGAAGGAUAUUAAAGAAGGAGACAAGAACAGUAGUCCUGCUUUGAAAAGCUAGUCUUCAAAAUUGACAGACUAAUUGACAUCUAAAAUGUGGUUUUUGGAUAAAGGGUUUUGUUUCCUAUGUAAAAGGCAUGGAAGAAAAUGUUGGAGAUAUCUAAAAGAAUCAAGAGGUGGAAGACUGCUGAUUUUACAUUUUAUGGCUGAAGUAAAUGAAAUGAAUAACUUAUUGUCAGUAUUAAACUAUUAUUUUGUAGGUAGAGUCAUUUUUCAAAGGAAAAAGUUUAAAUGGUGAGUUUAUACUCCACAAUUUGGAGUAAACAGUUUAAUGCAAUAAAUUUUUAAAAUAGCUUUGGAGAUACUUCAGAUUUUUACAUCUUUUCUUUUGUAACAGUUACCACAAAGAUACUCUGGAGGCUAGAGUAGGAUUGUUAAAUACUAUUGUUAACCUCCAAAGUACUAUAGUACAGACAUUGUUUCCAGUUCUGACCUUUUGAAGAUAUUAUAGACCAGUAAUAAACAAAUUUGAUUGUAAAUUAAUUUAAGUCACUGAAGAUGUCAUUUAUCUUCAUUCACAAGUUGAGGCAAAUUUGAGUUACCCAGGAAAUGGAAAUGUUGGUGGGAGAUUGUUUAUUGUUUGUUUAGAUGUUUUUCCACAGUAUCGUGUCCAUUUGUUUUUUAAGGGAAAUUUGUUGUCUUCCUUAAGGAAUUCCUAUCACUCAGAGAAUUUUAGCCGUUCUGGUUCUAGUGUAACAAAUUAUUCAUCUAAUAAUUUGACAUUAAGAAAACUAUAAAUAACUGGUAGAAGGAAAGUUCUUUGCACUUUAGUGGAUUGAAGACUUGACUUUGAGAGUAAGUCCAAAAAUAUAUAUGAUGUUUCUCAGUGAUAAGAGUAAAAAGUAAUGAAUCCUCAGAGUUUUUAAAUAGCAUGCUACUUGGCAAGACUUCAUAUUUUUUAGUUACAAUUCUUCCACUGCCCAUAGAAACAAAAUUUGUUAACUCCAGUUUGAAAUUUGAAAUCUAAUAUGUAGCUAAAUCUGUGACUUGUAAAACUCUAUACAUAACUUUUCUUAAUCAGUGGAAAUAAGAAUAAAAGAAAAAGGUAAAGUUAAUUUUUUUUUCUAAGUCUACAUCCUAGCCCUUGAUUCAAUUGCCUGAAGAAGCUGUGUGAGAUUAGUCUGGUUAUUGGUUCCUUUAUCUGUCAGUGCCAUCUUAAUCUCUUCACAUGUUACACUAAAUGCUGCCUAUAACCCAUCCUCAUCUUCUUUACUCAUCAUUGCUUUCUUCAAGGAAGGUCUUGAUACUGCCUCGUCUACCUCAUUAUCUGCUAGUCUAGAUAGUGACUCUUUGGAAGAUUGGUAGCCCUGAAUGAGUUAUCCAACUUCCGCUUCCUCACAUUGGCCACUUUGCAUAGGUUUGGGAACUUAGCACGUGCUAAAUCCUCAUGCCCAUAGAGGCGAAAUACUUUGAGGAAUGGGAGCGUCUCUUCACUGUGUUCUUGAAUCAGCCUUCUCUCAUCCGGCAAGAAAUGCAUGGAUUUCCCUGCCAACUCUAGGAAGUAGUGCUGCAUGAUUGAAUCAUUCUUUGAUGAAUUCUUUCAUUGUAACAUAGGGAGUCAUUUCCAAAAAGGUAGAUAUGAGCUUAAAGUACAUUGACUUAUGAAUGCUUUGCCUGUGGGCCCAACAGUGUCAUGACCCUCCAAUUGGAACAUAGCAUGAAUUAUUUUUAUGUCGAGUUCUUGAACUGCUAAUCAGGUGUAUGUUUCCUUGAAGUCCAGAGCAGGAUCCAGGUCAGAUGAAGGAGGUGGUAUGCCUGGCUUAACUGCUGAAAAUAGAACAUUGAAACUUUUCACAAUGUGCUGCAUUGGGUUUCUGCUUGGCUUUCUCACUGAAUAGUAAAUUGGGGAAAAUGCUGCUUUUACUAUUUUGUGUUUUAUAGCAACAUUAAUAGCAUUUUCCCAGUCAGGUGCUGUCCAGGAACAUUUCCUUUGGAAGGUCUGAACAGAAUGAUCUGGCUUGAUGUAUUUCUUGAGCUCUAGUACCAUAUCAUAGAAUAGGUUAAAUGUAGCCAACAACAAUGUCAGGACAAUUGACAUUGUCCUUACAAGAGUGAAUGCAUUGUCUUUUGGAACUGCUACUAGAGCCAUACAUGAGGCAGCGAACGCAUCUUUAGGUGGUGGCAAGGCUAUAUCUGAUUGACAGAGAUCUCUGAUCUCUAAUGACAUAUUGCUAUUGUCCUAUUAUGUUUAAAUUUGAAUCUAAAUCACUUGAGUGUUAUGAGUGAUGGCUAUAUAACAUGCCAUUUAGUUAGAUUUACAGUGUUUUUUUUGUUGCAGUUUAGUUUGAAACAGCACUUAAGCACACUGUUUCUGUUAGUGCUAUAUAGUUUUCAAACUAACAAGCCUGGGAUCCUUGUUAGUGUAGUGACUGCCUCUUUAGGAGUAUGGGACCCUAGGGUGCCCAUAUAUUUUUACUCCAUGGGUCAUUCUAGUCUACAGACUACUAGUAGAACCCUCAAAAGGUAACUGCUAUUAUAGGGACUUACUUAUUGGAAACUGGUAAUACAAUAAAAUAUUGAAGGAGGGGCCAUGGUCUUAGUAGGUUUUAGGAUGACCUUUUAACUCCAGUAACUACUUCCUUGGUGUUGGUAUCCCUGAUAGAGGGAAUAUAACCUCUGGCAGUAAUCUCAUUCAGUUUAUACUACCUGACUAAAUUUAAUCAUACUUUUAUGUAUUUGUUUCCUCAGUUGGACCUAAGUUACUAUAUUUCUUUUUCUUAUUUUUUUAUUAUUGUACAGUUUCUUUACCUUUCAAGUAUAAAUGUGUAUAUAAAAUGUAAAUACAAGGAAUUCACUAAAAACCACUCAUAACAAUUACUGUGUAAAUAAAACUGGUAAGCUGAGUAA